AUGUCGACUGGUAGCGGAAAAUUCUCUUCACGUGGGCCGUUCACUAAGGAUAUAAAAGUGCUUCCCGAGGUCGAGCGAAUGUGCUCUCUGAAGAGAGUUCUGGAAGUGUCUCUCCCACGGGGAGAUGGGAGACACGGUGGGAUCAGCAUGAUGUGGCGUCUAGUGAGAAAAAUCGGACAUUUCGACAUUGAAGAGAGUACUCACAUCUAUACAUCUUCGCUUCUACGAUCUAAGAUCUAUCCUCACUCGGUGAGAGUCGAUCUUGGUUGUGUCGGCAUCCCUGCCGUUCGGGCCCAUGGGGAAACGCCUCUUGGCAACAACCAAAAGGAAAGCGGUGUUUUAGCAGGAUUCCCGGAGGUGAACCUAAAUUAUACGGAACGAGCGACGAACCAGGGUAGGAUCAUCUCCCGUCCUCGACAUGAAGAAGGCGAUCGGAGCGUUGGAGAGAUGACAGGAUUGCCACUUUCUGCGCACCUCAGCCCUUGCAAGCAGAACAUGCUGCUUUAUCAGAGUCAGUCUUCAAGCAAUAAAAUGGUCAGCUUGACUUUGUGUUAG